AUGGGCCAAGAGGAAUCUGUACCAAUAAAGAAAGAGAAUGUUGCACCAGUAUUACAUUCGAACUGCCGAAAGACAAUUGAAAACUUGGCGCUUCAAGGACGAGCAUUGCCAAUCAAUAGAGGUCAAUAUAAGUUUGGUCAUGAACUCGGUUCAGGCGCAUUUGGAACGGUUUAUUCUGCACGACGCGUACAGGAUAACAAAGCUGUGGCGAUAAAAGUAGUGUCACUUGUAACACUGAAUAAUAAAGAAGGAUUGAUGCUUACCAAUUCGAUUUUGACAGAAAUUGAAAUGUCGAAGAGUUUGUCUCAAGUAUCGAAUCAUGUUGUUCGUAUGCAUGAUUUUGAUUUUCAUCGCAAAACUGGUUUGGCUUUUCUCAUCAUGGAACUGGGAGAAAGAGAUUUAGAAAAACUUCUCAAAGAACGACUUCGUCUGACGUCGACGGAAAGAAAAGAAGUGUGGCGGCAAUGUGUUGAUAUUGCAAUGACUCUUCAUGAUAAUAAAAUCGUGCAUCUAGAUAUAAAACCACAAAAUCUUGUCAUUUUUCCAGGUAAUAAAAUCAAAUUAGUUGAUCUGGGUAUUGCUCAAAGAGCCUACAAACAUCGUGUCGGCAGUAAUGGUACUUGGCUUUAUUCAGCGCCUGAAGUCACCAAUGCUGCUCGUGGUCAAAUGAUGUUGAAUACAUCCAAAGCCGAUGUUUGGUCAUGGGGUGCUGUACUCUAUCGUAUGACUUAUUCUGAACCACCUAAAUAUACUCGACCAUGUUUUCAACCGCCAAAACAUUUAGCCAUAUCGAAAGAUAAUAAUCUAACUGAUGUCUUACGACAUACACUCGUUAGCGAUCCAGUAGAAAGAGCCGAUCCACCAUGGCUUGCUCAGCAUCCAUAUACAACGUCAUAA